AUUUCCUGCUUGAUUAUGGUGGUUCAUUGUAAUUUUGUCCGCCUGUCAAAGUCAAUGUGGCCCUCUGCAUCUACCGGGGUGAGUCAGGUGGCCGAUCCGCCCCGCUUCUGCACACCCGGGGACCGUGCAAGGCAUCAUUAGCCGGCUGCUAACGGCGCUCUGCUACAGUGAGAGUGAGCACUCGGCGCCGCACCUCCCUGUCGCUAGCUGCGACAUGCUAACAGGCGAAGUCGCAGGGGAAAGUCUCAAAUUCGGGCCUUUGCGUUUAACAAAGCUGAAAAAGCACCGGCUGGCGAGCACACAAAGAAGAGUGUGUCUGACCAGUAUGCGGUUGGAAGCCCAACUCUUGUAGGAUGAAGAGCCCCUCUCACCGCACCAGGGACAUCGAGCGGCAAGCUGGCUACUUGAAGCCCGAACACUGCGCGCCUCCCCCUCCCCGAACUGGCUCUGGCACAAUGUGGUUCAUCCGCGAUGGUUGCGGUAUCGUGUGCGGCGUCAUCACCUGGCUUCUGGUUUUCUAUGCCGAGUUUGUGGUUGUUUUCGUCAUGCUCCUACCAGCCAAAAAUGUAGUCUACAGCCUUUUCAAUGGAGUCCUCUUCAACAGUCUGGCCUUCCUAGCACUUGCAUCUCACGCCAGGGCCAUGUGCACAGACCCGGGAGCUGUGCCUAAGGGGAAUGCGACCAAAGAAUUCAUCGAAAGUCUGCAACUUAAACCGGGACAAGUGGUGUACAAGUGUCCAAAGUGCUGCAGCAUCAAACCGGACCGAGCCCACCACUGCAGUGUGUGUAAACGCUGCAUCAAGAAGAUGGACCACCACUGUCCCUGGGUCAACAACUGUGUGGGAGAGAAGAACCAGAAAUACUUUGUUCUGUUUACGAUGUACAUAGCGCUGAUCUCCCUCCACGCGUUGACAAUGGUGGCCUUCCAUUUUGUCUUCUGCUUCGAAGCCGACUGGACUAAGUGCAGCAACUUCUCUCCGCCGGCCACUGUCAUCCUCCUCAUCCUCCUAUGUUUUGAGGGUUUGCUCUUCCUCAUCUUCACCGCUGUCAUGUUUGGAACCCAGGUCCAUUCCAUCUGUACUGAUGAGACAGGUAUCGAGCAGCUGAAGAAAGAGGAAAGAAGGUGGGCCAAAAAGUCCAAAUGGAUGAACAUGAAGGUGGUUUUUGGUCAUCCCUUCUCUGUGUCCUGGCUUAACCCCUUUGUGACGCCGGACCACGGCAAAGCAGACAUCUACCAGUACAUCGUGUGAAGCCUGUGAGCUGAAGAGGACUUGUUCGUCUGGGCCUUGACAAGCAUGACCACUGUAGUUUAUCCAACAUUGACAUUAAAUAAUAUUUUUUUCUAUUUUUAACUGACUGUGUCGGAUGGAGGACAUGGGUCUGGUGAUUUCUUAAUUCCUCAAUGUGAAAUAAGGAUGAUAAGUCGGCAUUUUGGUCCGGUUCAGUCUUCCUGGAAUCAACAUCAUCGCGUGCUGUAUCAUCACAGGAGCGGUCCCUUCCCGAAUGCUGGAUGAUUUGCCUUAAAGACGCCAGUCUUUUUGUCGUUUCGCCUUAAUGUAAGAGUUAAAGGUAAAAUGGCGUGUGCAGGUUUGUGUCCCUUACAAAUGGUCUACUAUUCCACUCUGGAAAUUUCAGAUUUGAAAGUCACUGUUUGCACCUUCGAGCAACACGGUGAUGCCUGGAAUCAUCUUGAGGCUGCAUGACGCAAUAUUUACCUUUUCAGACCACAAGAUCCUGAGUUGGUUUUUAAGCCAACUUGCUUGCUGUUAGAGAUGCACUUAGACGGCUGCAUUAUGACAAACUAUACAGUGUUUAAAGUCGUAGCAUACAACAACCUCUGCAUGUUCAGUGGACACCGUUAGUUGUGAAAAAUUAAAAACAGGGUAGCUCCAUUAAUGUUUCUCAUGUUAAAGAUCUGACCUUGAGAGAAGAACUGUUUUCCACAGACAGCUGAAGUAUCACCAAACUUUUUAAAUAGAGCUUGAAUGCUUACACAUAGUGCAGCGUGCCAGUGACUAUCAGGUGCAGUGACAAGGAGAACAUCUGACUUUUCAAAUCUGUUUUGCAUAUCAUUUGAAAGAAUUUGGCUCAAUUAUUAAUACUGUUUAAAUGUCACCAGAGUUGAUCUUUGUACGUGAAAAAAGCAAGUUACUCACACUACACCAGCUCACCGUCGGGUAGGAAUUAUAUUUUCAUGACUUUGUUGCCUUUUUAUUGUUUUUGGAUAAAUAAGGAAUGAAUAAUAAAAAGUGUCCAUGCACAA